UCAAUAGGCAAGGUAGAGAUGACUGAGGACAACUACUCCAUGACAAAUGACUUCAUCCUGGUAGGAUUUACAGACCACCCAGAACUGAAGAUCACUCUGUUUCUGGUGUUCUCCGUCAUCUAUCUGAUCACUAUGGUGGGAAACCUUGGACUAGUGGCCUUGAUCUAUAUUGAACGUCGUCUUCACACACCCAUGUACAUCUUCCUGGGCAACCUGGCUCUGAUGGAUUUUUGCUGUUCCUCUGCCAUCACUCCCAAGAUGUUAAAGAACUUCUUUUCUGUGGACAGAAGGAUUUCACUGUAUGAAUGCAUGGGACAAUUCUAUUUUCUCUGUCUUGCUGAAACUACAGAUUGUUUUCUUCUGGCAGCAAUGGCCUAUGACCGCUAUGUGGCCAUAUGCAACCCACUACAGUACCACACCAUGAUGUCCAAGAAGCUCUGCCUCCAAAUGAUCACAGGAGCCUACAUAGCUGGAAACCUUCAUCCUAUGAUUGAAGUAGGGUUUCUGCUCAGGUUAACUUUCUGUGGGUCUCAUAUAAUCAAGCACUUUUUUUGUGAUGUCCUUCCAUUAUAUAGACUCUCCUGUGCUGACCCUUCUAUCAAUGAGCUGAUAUUAUUUAUUUUGGCAGGGUCAAUUCAAAUCUUUACAAUUACCAUCGUUCUUGUGUCUUACAUCUGUAUACUUUUCACUAUAUUCACAAUGAAGUCUAAGGAGGGAAGAGGCAAAGCCUUAUCUACUUGUGCAUCCCACUUUUUGUCUGUGUCAAUAUUCUAUGGGUCUCUUCUCUUCAUGUAUGCUCGACCAAGUUCUGUUAAUGAUGGAGAUAAAGACAUACCUGUUGCCAUUUUUUAUACUCUUGUAAUUCCUUUAUUAAACCCUUUUAUUUAUAGUCUAAGAAAUAAGGAAGUAAUAAAUGUGAUGAAAAGGAUAAUGAAGAAGAGACAGUUUUGCAGCAUUCCAAAACAAAGGUCAUCUGUAGAAAACUGA